AUCGUCGCGGCCGUCAAUCCUUUUUCACAGUCGUCACACGACUGCUGUUUGCGUUUUGGGAAUCAAAAGGUCAUCGUUGUCGUUUGUUAUCUCGCGUCGCGUCCUCAGCGAACAGCGAGCCAGAAGAGCAGCAAAACAAGAGAGUGAAUAAAAAAUUGAUAAGGUUUUUGUUGUUGGCGAAAGUGGUGUUAUCAAGCUGAAUAGUGCGUUUUUGCUUUGGGGGCGGAAACAACGGAAGAUGCCAUCGUUAGGAGACAAGUUCUUGGGAUUCUUUUUGGUACUAGGUUUUGCUACCGUGGGACUGUGUUCUUCGGAUAAAUCGAGUGACGUCGAUCGAAAGCUGUCGGCGCGAUUAAAUCCCGACUGCCCGGAAGAUAUUUGCACGCCGGAUGGCAAUGCAUUGACGCUAAUCCACAUUCGAGCGGAUUCGGACCUGGAUACGAUACACUACGUGUGGGAUUUAACCGGAAAGCCAACCAUUUUGGUCGCCCUGACCAGGAAGAAUGCCUCCUUGAAGAUCAACUGGAACGAUUUCAUGGAUGCCAAGCCAUCGUCCGUUCAGUUCAGUGAGACGCCCAUCUACACCUUCAUGACGGUCAUAAACCGGAUAUUCCAGUUCGAUGAUCCGGAGGACAAGGGAAUGCUAGGGAACAAUGCCUCCUCGGUGUUCGUCUACGACCCGCAUGAAUUUAGCUACAAUCGUACGCUACUGUGGUUCAACGAGAAGGAUGUUAUUGCCGCGUUAAAUGCCAAUAAUGAUUUCUUAUUCAAGCUGAAUGCCUUCUCGACCCGAGACCACGGUAUGGAUUUCCCUCACUUGCUACACACGUCCAACUCGACCCAGGUAGACAUCGUGUUCAACAACGUCAGCUCCAAGUUCGAACGGCCACGGUUCGCGAUAGAGCUGCUGUUCGUCGUGUCGGAACAGGCAGUGACCGGAACGGAUUUCCAAAUUACCAAACGGAGAAGCCUGGACGACGAGCAUACGCCGGGAAUUUUCGAAAUAAUCGAUGUACUGUCCCCGGGGGCGUUCAAGUUCUCCACCGGAGGGUUUGUCGAAUACCGACCGGUGUCCUACACGCACCCGGAACGGGACGUUUCGACGUCGACUGAAACGCACCAGAGUGAACCGAAAGCGAUUGAGUUCGCCAGCGAUGCGUUGAAUGCCACACUGGCUUACGCGAUCUACGGACAGAAGCUGGACACGCUGGUGGUACAGGGCAUGAAUAUUUCCUUCGGAUUCAGCGGCGACGGAUUCUACACCAAGACAAAUUAUACCACGCUGACGUUCCAGGUAGGGUACGGAAUGCCACCGCCGGAGCAGCUGUCCGCUUUUGUACUGAUUGUUGCCGGAAUCGGAAUAGGUUUGCCACUAGCGAUGCUCGUCUUUGGAGGGUUCUAUAUCUGUACCAGGAAGAUGAGGAAUCGGCGGGGAACUCGAGUGUAAAGGACGUCUAUAGUGAUUGUUUAUCAGUGAUCGAUUGUUCGAUUGUUCUCAUUAAGCCAUAGGAUUUACACGAAUGCCUACACCAUAAGUAUUGACACAUAUUCUCUGCCUAGGACUAAUCCGCUAGAAUAAUUCAAAUGUGAUAGCAAAUUGCUGGAUGAAAGUUGCAUGGGUAAUAAAGUUUAGUUUUGUAGAAAA